AUGGGCUCGCUUCAGCGUGAUGACGUCAGCACUGACGCGUUCAUCCAGCGUCGAGUCUUCAGAGCUGAGUUCAGCUAUGUGAUUGUGAAGGAGGAGAGUGAAGAUGAGGAGAAGCAUCAUGUCAAAAGUGAAGAAGAAACUCAAUCAGAGACUAAACAUAGUUUUUUAGUGAAAACAACAGCCGUAAAAGGUUUCACCUGCACUCAGUGUGGAAAGAGUUUCAGGCGGGAACGCGAACUCAAGCGUCACAUGAGGAUCCACACCGCAGAGGAACCGUUUCACUGCACUGAUUGUGGGAAGAGUUUCAGACAAUCGUCUGCUUUACGAGAACAUAGAAAAAAAUGGCACGAUGUGAUGGUGAAGGAGGAGAGUGAAGAUGAGGAGAAACAUCAUGUCGAAAGUGAAGAAAACACUCAAUCAGAGACUGAAGACUGUUUAAUGGAAAGAAAAGCGGUAAAACACAUGCUGAUCCACACUGGAGAGAAAACACACAGAUGUGAUCAAUGCGGCAAAACAUUUUCAAGGUCUUCAGUUCUGAAAAGACAUCUUACAAUUCAUACAAAUGAAAAGCCUUAUUCCUGCUCUGAGUGUGGAAAGAGUUUUAGACAUGCGUCAUAUUUUAAAGACCAUCAGAAGAUCCACACUGGUGUGAGAGAGCAUGUGUGCUUAGAGUGUGGGAAGACUUUUUUUAGAGCUGUAGACUUGAAAUUGCACCAGAGGAUUCACACUGGAGAGAAAUGUUACAAGUGUUCACACUGCGACAAGAGAUUUUGUUGGUCGCAGUCCCUGAAAUCACAUGAGAGGAUUCACACUGGAGAGAAACCUUACAAGUGUUCACACUGCGACAAGAGUUUUGGUUGGUCGCAGUCCCUGAAAUCACAUGAGAUGACACACACUGGAAAGAAACGGUUCACACAACAAAUUACUUCAUUUUCAGAUGUGAUGGUGAAGGAGGAGAGUGAAGAUGAGGAGAAACAUCAUGUCGAAAGUGAAGAAAACACUCAAUCAGAGACUGAAGACUGUUUAAUGGAAAGAAAAGCGGUAAAACACAUGCUGAUCCACACUGGAGAGAAAACACACAGAUGUGAUCAGUGCGGCAAAACAUUUUCAAGGUCUUCAGUUCUGAAAAGACAUCUUACAAUUCAUACAAAUGAAAAGCCUUAUUCCUGCUCUGAGUGUGGAAAGAGUUUUAGACAUGCGUCAUAUUUUAAAGACCAUCAGAAGAUCCACACUGGUGUGAGAGAGCAUGUGUGCUUAGAGUGUGGGAAGACUUUUUUUAGAGCUGUAGACUUGAAACUGCACCAGAGGAUUCACACUGGAGAGAAAUGUUACAAGUGUUCACACUGCGACAAGAGAUUUUGUUGGUCGCAGUCCCUGAAAUCACAUGAGAGGAUUCACACUGGAGAGAAACCUUACAAGUGUUCACAUUGCGACAAGAGUUUUGGUUGGUCGCAGUCCCUGAAAUCACAUGAGAUGACUCACACUGGAAAGAAACGGUUCACACAACAAAGUUAAUUUUUGGUUUGUCGUGGAAGUUCGCAUAAUAUGAUGGGGUUCAUUUUGGCUCCUAAACCCAUUUGAGCUGCCAUUGCUCUGUGGUGAUUCUGCAGUCAGUGGGUCUGGAGCUCCGGCUUCUUUGACGUCUGGUUUCUUCCCCUCAAUUAAUUUCUGAUUCUGCGAUGUUCAGACAGGAGAACAACAUCCAAAACAGCAACACUAGCCACAUGAAUACACUGGAAACUGGAGCAGCAGAGCUGGUGCAGAUAUAUCCGCACCUGUACGAUCGCUCACGUCCUAUGAGUUUGCACACACCGGCAGUGCCCGAUUACACAAUCUAAUCCUGCUUAUAUGAAAUAAUCAGUCCUUCCAGGAUUUCAUGAGACUUUUUUCUUAUUUUUGUGGCCUACAAUGAUUGAUUUUGCUGCGGCUUUUCUUUAAAAGCUGCAUUAUUUUGCUGUAAAAAUAUACCACAGACAAAAGUCUUUAUUUAUAUAU